AUCGUUUCCUCGGGAAAUGGCAAAAGAAAUAAGAAAAAAGUCGGUUUAGACCAGCAUCCAUUUCUCGGCAUAGGACAAUGGAGCACAUUUCAACGCCAAAGGUGGAAGAAGUGAAAUUGUUAGAGCGAUACACUGCAAAGAAGCCAGUCACUGGCACUCUCUAUCUCACAGCAACCCAUAUCAUCUUUGUGGAGACAUCCUGUAACACUUGCAAGGAAACCUGGAUUUUACACCACCUCAUAGCUACAGUAGAGAAACUCCCUCUUACAGCCACAGGAUGCCCGCUUCACAUUUCCUGCAAGAAUUUCCAUGUGGCUCACUUUAUCAUUCCCAGCGAGAGGGACUGCCAAAAUGUGUAUCAGUCCCUGCUCAGACUCUCCCAACCAGGGAAAGUGGAAGAUUUGUAUGCUUUUCUUUACAACCCAAAACAAGAUGAAGAUGAGAGAAGACAUGGUUGGGGCUUUAUUGACUCAGCCAUGGAUUUCAAAAGAAUGGGAUUGCCCAACGAGUUUUGGGAAAUGACAGACCUCAACAAGAACUAUAAGCUUUGCAACACAUAUCACUCAGAACUGGGCAUUCCUAAAACUGCAAGCAAGGGCACAGUCUUGGGGAGUGCCAAAUUCAGGAGCAGGGGGCGCAUUCCUACUCUCUCCUACUUCCACAAGCAAAGUAAUGCUGCCAUUUGCCGUUGUAGCCAGCCCCUGUCCGGGUUAAGUGCUCGAUGUGUAGAAGAUGAGGAGAUGCUACAGGCAAUCAGCCGGGCUAAUCCCAAAAGCACCUUCAUGUAUGUGGUGGAUACCAGACCUAAGUUGAAUGCCAUGGCCAAUAGAGCAGCAGGGAAGGGAUACGAGAAUGAGGACAACUACUCAAACAUCCGCUUUCAGUUUGUGGGCAUCGAGAAUAUCCAUGUCAUGAGAAACAGUCUGCAAAAGCUUCUAGAAGUGUGUGCUAUGAAGUCUCCAACAAUGAGUGACUACUUGACGGGACUGGAUAAUUCUGGUUGGCUGCGUCACAUCAAGGCUGUGAUGGAUGCUGGAGUGUUUCUGGCUAAGGCUGUGGCUGAGGAGAAGGCUAGUGUGCUUGUGCACUGCUCAGAUGGCUGGGAUCGCACAGCCCAGGUGUGCUCUCUGGCCAGCAUCCUCUUGGACCCCUUCUAUCGGACCAUCAAGGGACUCAUGAUUUUGAUAGAAAAAGAAUGGAUAUGUAUGGGUCAUAAAUUCACGCAAAGGUGUGGGCAUGUGGAUGGGGAUCCCAAGGAGGUGUCCCCUGUAUUCACCCAGUUCAUUGAAUGUCUUUGGAAUCUCAUGGAGCAGUACCCCUGUGGCUUUGAGUACAACGAGAAGUACCUUUUGGAAAUCCACAACCAUGUUUACUCCUGCCAGUUUGGAAACUUCAUUGGCAACUGCCAAAGAGAGCGAGAGGAGAUGUGACUUAAGGAGAGGACCUUCUCCGUUUGGCCAUUUCUCUGGGAGAACUGGCCUCAGUACAGAAAUCCUCUGUACAAGCGCUCAUUAGGGAGUGACAUUCUGAGGCCAAGCACAUUACCAUUGAAUUUCAAGUUUUGGUGUGGCAUGUAUAAUCAUUUUGACAAGGGCAUGCAGCCAAAGCAAUCCAUUCUGGAUCACCUGCUAACCAUAACACAGAAAAAGGCAGAGGGUGAGAGGAAAAUGACAGAUCUCCAGAGACAGUUGGCAGUCAUGGAUGGGGUUCUAGCAGAUCAGGGCAGUCCAAAAGGUACAUCACCUGAACAAAUCUCGUUGUCUCCUGUAUCGGUUGGCCACACAACCGAAGAUGCUAAACCACUGAUGAAUGAUGCUGCUGCAGUAGAGGCUGGAAUAGAGUUGGCGCCUACUGCAGGGAGCGAGCAGGUGAAACCAGCAGCCACAGCAAAUGGAGUUACUGCCACAAAGGUUGGAGUUGUUGCCAUAGAGACUCCAAAUGUCAAAGAGGAGUGACAAGGUUCCUCUGAAAUAACCACUGAAGCAAUUAAGAUUGAGUCCUGAUGGACACCUUAAAAAUGGGAUAUCAUCUCCAAGAAGAUUUGACUGAGCAAAUUACAGCCUUAAUGAUGAAACCAGAGUGUAUUGGAUAAAUUUUUUCUGAUGUUACAAUGAUCCAAUUCUUUAGCAGCCAUAUAAGUUGAAUUUUUUUUUGAGUUUUGGAAGCCCUCAUGAAACCUUUUUUGGGGGUAAUAUAUAUUUAGGAUUUAUUCAAAAUCGGCAAUAAGUAUCGGUAUUAAGCCAAUUCAAUUACAUAAAUGUUGAGGCUUUAUGACUCAAGGCUAUUGAAAUACUCCCCUAACAAAGGGAAUGCGAUGUAAAAGUAUAGACCAAAGUUUGAUUUUAUUUUGCGAUUUACUGAUUGUUAAUGAGCAAGAGAAUCAUUGAAUCAAAUCGUUUUUUAUACAUUUUACAAUGUCCUUUCAUUUUUAUUGCAACAGUUUUAAUGAAUUGAUAUCUGCCUUUUCUAUCACUUUUUUUUAUUUUCUUCAAAAGGCCAUUUUUAGUAAAAAGGGACCAACUUAAUCGGGGUAGGCACACUUUUUGGCUCAAGGGUUUUCAAGAUUCAACGGAGGGCUGCACAGAUUUUUCUAUAUUGUUUUUGGACUGAUUUUUGUUUGUCAAUCAAUUUGCAGAUCAGAAAAAGCACAGUCAUUUUAAAAUACACUGCUCAAAAAAAUAAAGGGAACACUUAAACAACACAAUGUAACUCCAAGUCAAUCACACUUCUGU